AUGUCUUUUGUGUGUGGAAUAAGCGGCGAGCCGACUGAGGAUCCAGUGGUCUCCCAAGUCUCCGGACACAUUUUCGAUCGACGUCUCAUCACUAAGUUCAUCGCCGAAAACGGCACGGAUCCAAUCAGCAACACUGAGUUGUCCGAAGAUCAAGUAAGAAUUAUCGAUUAGUGCCACUAGCUGACCAAUGCGUAAUUUUAGCUCGUCGCUGUCAAAACUGGCGGCACUGGCAUUGCACCACGAAAUGUGUCCGGAACAUCAAUUCCAUCACUGCUGAAGAUGCUUCAAGACGAGUUCGACACUGUCAUGCUCAACAGCUUCUCGCUCCGACAGCAGCUGCAAAUUGCGCGUCAGGAGCUCUCCCACUCUCUUUACCAACACGACGCCGCGUGCCGUGUCAUCGCCCGUCUUUCCAAAGAACUUUCUGCCGCUAGAGAAGCCUUGUCAACUCUGAAACCACAUACCGCUUCCAAGUACGACGAUGACGUUAGCAUCGAUGAAGCGGAAGAUCAGCAAGGCUUGAGCGAGGCUAUUCUGGCCAAGUUGGAGGAGAAAUCGAAGAGCCUGACUGCUGAACGAAAGCAACGCGGAAAGAGUCUUCCUGAAGGAUUAGCCAAGACUGAAGAGUUUGCUGAAAUCAAGCAGACGGCUUCGCACACGGGCAUACACUCAGCCGGAACUCCAGGAAUCACUGCUCUCGACAUUAGAGGAAACCUCGCCUUGACCGGUGGUAUUGAUAAACUCGUAGUUCUGUACGACUACGAAAAGGAAAAGGUUGUCCAGACUUUUAAAGGACACAACAAGAAGAUCAAUGCUGUCGUUUUGCAUCCAGAUGCCAAGACGGCUAUUUCCGCGUCUGCCGAUUCGCACAUUCGUGUGUGGAGCGUCGAUGAUUCCGCGUCUAAGGCCGUCAUCGAUGUGCAUCAGGCUCCAGUUACCGAUAUAUCGUUGAAUGCGACCGGAGAUUACAUUCUCUCCUCUUCGGACGACUCUUUCUGGGCUUUCUCCGAUAUUCGCACCGGAAAGUCUCUCUGCAAGGUUGCUGUGGAGACUGGUUCGCAGAUUGCCGUUCAUUGCAUCGAAUUCCAUCCAGACGGACUUAUUUUCGGAACUGGAACUGCUGACGCCGUCGUCAAGAUCUGGGAUCUGAAGAACCAGACAGUAGCCGCCGCUUUCCCUGGACACACGGCCGCCGUGCGAUCGAUUGCAUUCUCUGAGAACGGAUACUACUUGGCCACUGGAUCUGAGGACGGAGAGGUGAAAUUGUGGGAUCUCAGAAAGCUGAAAAACUUGAAGACAUUCUCGAAUGAGGAGAAGCAGCCGGUAAUUACAGGAACUGAAUAGAAUCGGAACAAUCUUUUCUUUUCAGAUCAACUCACUUUCGUUCGACAUGACUGGAACAUUCUUGGGUAUCGGAGGGCAGAAGGUGCAAGUGCUCCACGUGAAGACCUGGGCCGAGGUGGCCUCCCUUUCAGAUCACUCGGGACCAGUGACUGGAGUGCGCUUCGGAGAGAACGCGCGGUCAUUAGUAACGAGUUCGCUGGACAAGAGUCUCCGAGUGUUCUCCAUCUAA